ACCGCACGCACGCCGCCGCGCUCCCGCCGCUCCGACCGCGCGCCGUGAUCGAGCACCUGUGACGUGAUAGUGUUAUGGUGAAUGUUUGCGGAAUGCUAGUGUCAAGUGAAUAAUAGAUCGAGGCUACCUCGGAGAGCCGGCACCGCGCGAGAUAAAUGCAGACAUGCACCACAUCACGCUUGUGCUCCCUGACGGGGCAAUCGUCGCGUGAUGGCGCAUGGAUUGCUUGCGGACGGCGUGGUGCUGGUGCGCGGCGCUGGUGCUCGCCACGCUCGCCGCCGCCGGCCCGCGGUACAGCUCCCGCAUCGUGCACACACACGCAGGUGCGAUCCGUGGCAUCAUAGUGGAGCCGCUGUCCCGGCGGCUGGAGCCGGUGGAGGUGUUCCUAGGCGUGCCGUACGCGGGCGCCCCGGAGCGCCUGGCGCCGCCGCCGCCCGCGCCUACCUGGCAGGGCACGCGCCUCGCCGACGCCUUCGCCCCCGUCUGUCCGCAGCGCUACCCCGACAUAUCCAACAAGAGUGCAGCGCUGGCGAAGAUGCCGCUGGGCACGUACAACGAGCUGAAGGCGACGCUACCGCUGCUCGCCAACCAGAGCGAAGACUGUCUCUACCUCAACAUAUACGUGCCCGGUAGCGGCGCGCGCGGCGUGGAAGCGCCGUACGCGGUGGUGGUGUGGGCGGGCGGCGCGGCGCACGAGUGGGGCGCGGCGGCGGCGCACGACGGCGCCGUGCUCGCGGCGCGCGCGCACCUGCUCGUCGUCACCCUCAGCUAUAGGCUAGGUUUGUUAGGUUACUUAACACCGGGCACGCGGGGCCCGCUGGACGCGUCGGGCGGCGCGGCUCUGCUGGACGCGGCGGCAGCACUGAGCUGGGUGCGCCGCAACGUGGCAGCAUUCGGCGGGGACCCGCGCCGCGUCACACUGGCGGGACACCGCGCUGGUGCCGCGCUCGUCAAUGCGCUGCUCAUGCUGCCUGAGACUAAGGGCCUGGUCUCCCGCGUGCUGCUGCUGAGCGGCUCCGCGCUGAGCCCGACGGCCCUGGCGCCCGACGCCGCGCUCACCCGCGAGCACACGGCGCAAGCACUGCGCUGCACGCCGGAGACCAGCAAUGAUGAUAACUGGUUUGUGGAGUGUAUCCGCAGCCGUCCCUUAGCGGCACUCCUGGCAGUGGAGCCCCCGCGAGCCCGGUUCUUAGCAGGCUGGGCCCCAGCAGUCCCCCGGGACCCAGGAGCCCCCGGCCUGGCACCCACGCGGGCCCUGCACGCCAGCGACGCCUUCCUCGACUGUGCCCUGGCUGUGGUAGUGGCCACUACUGAGAGCUACCAGUUUUUUAGUGAAGAGGAUAUUAGACAUGGAUUUGAAGAGGAACAUAGAAACCGCAUCCUCCGCACGUACGUGCGCAACGUGUACCGGUACCACCGCAACGAGAUCUUCGCGGCCAUCCGCAACGAGUACACGGACUGGGAGAAGCCCAUCCAGCACCCCAUCAACAUCCGCGACGCGACGCUGGAGUCGCUCUCCGACGCCGCGCACAUCGCGCCCGCGCUCAAGCUGGCGCAGCUACAUGCGCGCCGCGGCGCUAAGACAUACUUCGCGCAUUUCGCGCAUCAGAGCAAGGAUGCCGAUUAUCCUCAACGACUAGGAAGCGUAUCAAGUGAGACGCUGGCGUACUUCCUGGGCCUGCCUCUCGUAGGGGGUCCGCAAGGAGCCUCGCGCAACUACUCGCGGGGUGACGCCGCCGUGGCGGAGAGCGCGGUGGCACUGCUGGCCGCCUUCGCCAAGACCGGAGAUCCCACGCCCAGAGCUGAUGACAGGCACCACGAGGGAGCCCCCAACUGGCCAAGAUAUGAGAUGAACACGCAACAGUACUUGAGUAUAGGUACGAAGCUCCGUGUGAAGAGUCACUACCGCGGGCACAAGAUGGCGCUGUGGCUGCACCUCAUCCCUCAGCUGCACCGGCCGGGAGCCGCGCCCAGGCAUCACCAGUUCCGGUCCAUACAUCCUGACAUGUUCGCAGGCGAGAUAUUUCCGGAGCUGUACACGAGCACGUCGACGCUGGAGGACGCGGAGGACAGCACGGAGGCGGAGGAGGAGGCUCCGGCAGAGGAGUGCGAGCCCUCCCCCUCCCCGCGCCCCGCGCUCUCCGCGCCGCAGCCCCAGCCCAAGGAGGAGGAGCUCACCAACCUCGACUCGCAGUACUACAGCUACACGGUAGCGCUAGGCGUGACGGUCGGCGCAGGCUGCUUUCUGCUGGCGCUGAACGUGCUGGUGUUCGCCGGCAUCUACCUGCAGCGCGGCCGCCGCAGGACUGCGCACCGCCGCCCCCGGAGAGAAGGCAGCUGCAGCAGCCGCGGCGGCGCGUCGCUGAGCGGCGAGCCGGCGGCCAUCACGUCGCCGCGGAAGAGCACGCUCAAGCGCAGCAGCGAGUCAGAACUCAAAGAGAGGCCGACCAGCGCCGGCGUCGCGCCGCCAAAAAAACGCGUCCAGAUCCAAGAGAUAUCUGUAUAGACGACUUCUAAACAACACAUCACAACCAGUUACCUAAAAAAUAAAACAAAUAAUAUUAUUGCGUCCACUGAUAAAGGCAUCGGUGUAAAAUUAUAAGACGGAAAAAUCACCGUAAAUAUUAUAUUAUCUUGGGUUGUUGUGACGAGAAGUGUAAAACUAAUAGCGUGAUGCUGAACUAUACGUGAACUGUGUUGUGUUUAUCUGAAGCGAGCGAGUCUGCACGAUUGAGAUAAAUUGUGAUUGAUGUUCUGAAUGGGCGAGGCUGUAGCCGUGGUUAUUGUGCACGUAAGAUUGUUCCUGCGCAGCGCAGCGCAAGGGCCGGCCAAGCGUGACACCUGUGUGUAUAGUUACGUACCGUGUGCACGCGCCUCAGAGGGUUCUCUAUUCACUGCUGCUGUGGGGUAGUUGCCUGGUUGUUACAGUAGAAUAUUUUAUACAAAACCAUAAAAAUAUAUUAUAAUCCUAAAAUCAGCAUCAAAUCGAUUAAGACAUUCCAGAUUCAAAAUGAACUUUAUAGUUGGUUGUGUAUGUUAACUGGACAACUACCCUUUGCAGUUAUAGUUGUGUCGCGCGCGCAAGCGGCCCGGUAGCGAUAAGAGCCGUGUAUUCUGGAUUCGUGUAUCUACCUCCUGACCAAUUUACUGGUUUAGUGCAAUUUCCAUUCUGUUACGUUUGUUAUUGUUCAUCUUGAUUCAUAUAGUCUACUUGAGUGUUUAGAGUCUCUGUUAUUACUGUUUCUGUAUUAUGUGAUAGUUGAAUAUUUAAUGGAAUCGAUAUUUGAGUUGUGAACUCUGUACGCUUAGAUUUUUUUGUAAAGACUUGUUACUGAUCUGUACAUACUAACAUAGACCGAUAGAUAUCUUGAAUCAAUUUGUGGAAGCGAAGCGGUAUGAUUAACUUGUAUAUAUAACUACUAUUAGUUUCUAUAACAUUGUAAAUAUUAGAUUGUCGUAAAUAUCUGUGAACUCUGAUGAUUUAUCAUCUAUGAAAAGAGGUUUUAAUAAAGACCAUUUUUUCCUGAA